GGGUUUUGUAGUCCACGGUGGGAUUGAUGGGUAUUCACGCCAGAUUACAUACCUCAGAUGUAAUUGUGACAACAAAGCUCAGACAGUUCUUAAACUGUUUCUUGAUGCAGUAGAAGUUUUUGGAUUGCCUUCCAGAGUUCGUGGUGACAAAGGAGUAGAAAAUGUCGACAUUGCUUGGUUUAUGUUCACUCAUCCCCUAAGAGGCCCUGAUAGAGGCAGCUUCAUUGCUGGAAGGAGCUGCCAUAACCAACGAAUAGAACUACUCUGGCGAGACGUUUUCAGUGGAUGUCUCUAUAUAUUUUACAGCCUCUUUCAGUACAUGGAAAACGAGGGGCUGCUUGACAUAGGAAAUGAUGUUCAUUUGUUUGCACUUAGAUAUGUGUUUAAAGAGAGGAUCAACAGUAGUCUAAAGGUUUUUGCUGAGGGGUGGAAUCAUCAUCCAUUGUCAACCGAGGGCAAUAUGUCUCCAGCUCAGCUUUGGGUUUGGGGUCUUCGUCAACAACUGAUUGAUUUGGAUUUGGAACAGUUAAAUUGUGAUAUUGUGGUAAAGUUGCAAAUUCUUAUUUCAGUUAUCCCGAGUAUACACAAGGCUGUCCAAGCAAUUCUCAAAAAAUAACUGUAAUCUCCAAUAACAUUGUAAUUUAUCAACAUGCAACAAGAUGAAGAACAAUAGCAACAUGUUAAAAAUUAACGUUCAUAACUUAGAUGUCGGGCUCUUUAAAACUUAACCAAAAAUCUUGGCAAAUAUAACAGAUGUAUUGUACUACUGUAUGGGUAGAGAUCACUAGUUAGUUCUUGUCAUAAAACAGAUGUGUUAUCAACUAAUAAAGGAGUGCCUGGAAUAACACCUUAACUGACUUCUGAAAAACUUUAACAUUUCUAUAUGCUUUUGAAUGAAAAAGAGAAUUGGACAUUAGAUAGUGGGUCACUUGGGGGUAUUAUUCCACAAACCCCUUCAUUAUCUAUGACUUGCUUAUUUCCUGCAGCAUGAAAUUGAACAUUAUGGCAUUGAUCAUGAUGGGCCCUUGCCUAAUCAAGCAUGGGGUAGAGAUUCAUCUGACACUGGUGCAGUAGAAGUCCCAGAAGUUGACCUGUCUAUUUCUUCAGAACAGCUACAGCAUCACCUGAUGGAGAUCAACCCAAUGGCUAAUAGCCAAACUUUUGGAAUUGACAUAUAUUUACAAGUUGUUGACUGCUUACAUAGCCUCCUAGGCGUGCCAUAG